AUGUUCUUGCAAGAUAUCUCAUUAUUCUCCAUCCAGAGAAAAACAGAAUUGUCUCGUAUUAUCUCUCGGAAGAAUGUUCUUGCAAGAUAUCUCAUUAGCCUCCUCCAUAGUAUUAUGUCUCGGAAAACAGAAUUGUCUCGUAUUAUCUCUCGGAAGAAUGUUCUGCAAGAUAUCUCAUUAGUCUCUCCAGAGAAAACAGAAUUGUCUCGUAUUAUCUCUCGGAAGAAUGUUCUUGCAAGAUAUCUCAUUAGUUCUUCUCCAGAGAAAACAGAAUUGUCUCGUAUUAUAUCUCUCGGAAGAAUGUUCUUGCAAGAUAUCUCAUUAGUCUCUCCAGAGAAAAAACAGAAUUGUCCUGUAUUAUGUCUGGGGAAGAAUGUUCUUGCAAGAAAAACAGAAAAAAAAUUGUCUCGUAUUAUCUCUCGGAAGAAUGUUCAUUGUCUCUCCAAGAUAUCUCAUUAG